UAUAGGAGACAUGUCAUCAGACAUCAUCAGUCUGUCAGUCAAAUUAUUCCUUUAUAUAAACUCUUAGUCUUAUUGCUUCAGGAAAAAGUUUGUUUUCAGUAUUUGUCUCUCAGAGGACAAUAAGGAUAUUUUCGGGCAGUUGGAGAACUUUGGAGGAAACCAGUCUGUUAAUGUUUGUGUUUGCCAGGAUGACAUCUGCCGGAGUUUCUCUUCUCUUGCUGUUUUUUCUCAUCUCUCACUCUGUCAUGCGCUCUACACAAAGCUCCACCCCAAAGACAGACGAGUUUCUGGGACCAAUCGAGUGUCUUGAAAGGAAUUUUACUCGUGAAUCAUGUGACCUGGUGUUUUGUCCUCCGUGGCAGUAUUGCGUUGACGGAGGUUGCUCUUGUAAACCGGCCUACCUGUGUCCCACAGAGGGCGUGGCCUAUGUUUGUGGGCACGGCAACAAGCAGCUCCGCUCCUAUUGCCAGGCGAUGGCUAUUUCCUGUCAGUCCAAGAGACCCCUCAUGUCCCAUUUUGGGGAAACCUGCACAGCUGAUCAACCAAAGUUCAGAAGUUCAGUAGAGCAAGGCACAGCAGUGGUCAGGAUCUUUGUUCCCGGCACUGGGAGCACUGGAGGAGGUGGGGAGGAGUUACUGGUGUGUCCGGAGCUGUGGGACAUGGCUGCUGCUAACGUGGCCUGCAAGGAGGACGGACACCCACUUGGUGCCGCAUCUACUGGUACCGUGUCAUACGUUUCCCUGGCGAGCUACCAUGGCGACCAGCAGUUGCCGGGCAAAUGUGUGAGUGUCCGUUGCCAAGGUUAUGAGAACUCACUGGCGGAAUGUGUGAUCUACGACAAGACCAGUAUUGACAACAGGGAUGUCGCUACGGCAACCUGUGUGCAGCCACCAGAUGAGGAGUGUGACUUCAGGUGUGUGAACAGGAAGUGUGUGUCUCUCAGUCAGACAUGUGACGGAGUCGACGACUGUGGCGACCGCAGUGACGAGAUGUGCUGCAAGAAAUGCAGGAACGGAGCUUUCCGCUGCAGCACAGGUGUGUGUUUGCAUAAAGAAGCUGUCGGUGACGGACUGAUCGACUGUCUGGAUGGCGAGGACGAAUCAAAGAAACACACAAAGCCACAGACGUCGCUCCCUCUUCUCACGAACACAGAGUACAUCUCUCCUAAAAGUGAAACAAAGGCCUCCAGAGUGCAUCUGGAGUCCAAGUUGAACUGUGGGAUUACUAAAACACCCAGAGUGAAUGAUGCUGACGAUGAAGAGGAGGGAGGAAAAGGAGGCCGCUUCAAGAGAGUGGUGGGAGGACUGCCAACACAACCGACUCAGAUCAAGUGGCAGGUUGUUAUAGGGAUGAACAGAAGGUUUCACUGUGGAGGAGCUUAUAUCGGAGGCUGCUGGGUAAUCACUGCUGCUCACUGCAUCGGGACAAACCCCUCUCUCUCGAUCACCAAAGAUGGAGUUUCUGGCCCAGACAGCCUAAAGCCAAACCUCGCUGCGUUGACUGUAAAGUUUUCUGUGUGGAACAGGUAUAAAUUUCAGGAAACAACAGAAACUGUUCCUGUUGAGGAUGUCCUCGUCCACCCUAGGUACAAACCCAACACCCAUGAGAACGACAUCGCCCUGGUGCGGCUGAAGAAAUUCCCAUUCUCAGAGGAAUGUUUGAGUAACAACCCUGCAGUCAGCCCUGUCUGUGUUCCCUGGACAACCAGGCUCUUCCAUCCCAACCACACCUGCACCAUCUCUGGAUGGGGACAAGAUGCAGAUAGUAGACUGUCUCGGGUCCUACAGUGGGCCAACGUGUCCCUCACUGAAGACUGUCAGAGAAUCUACAAUGACAGCUUUAAACCCGGCAUGAUCUGUGCAGGUGAUCUGGAUGGCAGUGUGGGCGCCUGUCAGGGGGAUAAUGGAGGUCCUCUGGUGUGUGAGGAUGAACUUGGUGUUUCUUACCUGUGGGGGAUUGUCAGCUGGGGGCAGGGAUGUGGCCAGCCGGGAUUUCCUGGAGUUUAUACACAGGUUGCUCAUUACUUUGAGUGGAUCAGACUUCAUACAGGCUGGCCUGCUGUGACUAAGUUCAACUCCUAAUAACACACUCAAACAAUGCACUACAUAAGGAUUACAUUCAUACUGUAUUUUGCACGUGGGAGAAGUUCAGGGCUUUCUGGCAGAAAGGCUUUUCCCCCCAAAACCUAACCAAGUGGUUUUGGUGCCUAAACCUAACCAAGUAGUAAGGCUUUCUGGUAGAAAGCCUAGAGGGCAAACUUCUCCCAUGGGUCUGUGUUUCACCUUAGCUGUGUACUGACAGACACUGUAAUUCAUAAAGUUAUUAAUUUUUUGUUGUAGAAAGUAAAAAAGCCAUUUCCGUAAUCUGUUGUGUGUAGCUUUAUUAAUGUACAGUAAAAAAAUAUUAUGUAAUUUGGUAAGUAAUAAAAUACUGUUGUUGCAUGCUUGAUUACUUAAUUGGUUUGCAUUAUUGCUUCUCAGGAAGACUCCUUCCUGAGGGCGGGGCUUAAGUAACACAGAGUAGCUUAAAUUUUUGAGUUCUCAGACCAUUUUCACAAUUGAGAAUGACUUCCGGAUGGGAGCCGAAACGUCUUGAUUCUGAAAACAGUGUCCAGAUGACUACGACUGAAACAUUUUCUACGAUUAUUGCUACUGUUAGCAUUGUUCAUGUUAAUUAAUGUGCAUUAAAUAAACUAACUGUCACCA